AUCUAGGAUCUGAAAAAGACCUAAAAGGAAAGAACUGAGUUCGACUCGGAGCUGCGGAACUAUUCCGAGUGGCUAAGAUAAAGGCAUUGAGAAAGAACCCAAAAAAGGUGGAAUAUUUUGGCUCACUAUAAGCGCCGUCUAGAAAUCUCUACUCUAUUUUACUUUGAAGCGGAGAAGAAUAACCAAACUCAGUAAUCCAAACCAUUAAACAUAGCAAUGGGUGGAGGCGGUGCUGGUGGUUCAGUAAAAGAUGUCAAAUCGAAGGCUGAGCUCGACGAGUUGCGCCAGAGUGGUGCACCGCUUAUCCUUCACUUAUGGGCUUCUUGGUGUGAGGCUUCAAAGCAAAUGGACAAAGUCUUUUCCCAUCUCUCCAUCGAUUUCCCCAACGCUCACUUCCUUAGGGUAGAAGCUGAAGAACAGCCUGAGAUAUCUGAGGAAUACUCGGUUUCUGCUGUGCCUUUCUUCGUCUUCUUUAAGGAUGGUAAGAUUUUUGAUAAAUUGGAGGGUGCAGAUCCUUCCAGUCUCGCCAACAAAGUUGCCAAGGUUACUGGGUUUAUUAACCCUGGAGAAGCUGCUGCUCCUGCUAGUCUUGGGAUGGCUGCCGGCCCCACCAUCCUUGAGACGGUUCAAGAUUUGGCGAAGGUAAAUGGUUCAUCCCAGACAGGAAAUCAAGUGCAAACUGGUCUCGACGACAAACUUAAGAAGCGACUGCAGCAGCUGAUUGACUCUCAUCCUGUAAUGCUAUUCAUGAAAGGAAUCCCUGAGGAACCUAAGUGUGAUUUUAGCAGAAAAGUUGUUGAUGUUUUGAAGGAUGAAAAAAUAAAAUUUGGAACAUUUGAUAUUCUGUCGGACAACGAAGUUCGUGAAGGUUUAAAGAAGUUCUCUAACUGGCCAACAUUUCCGCAAGUCUAUUGCAAAGGAGAACUUCUCGGUGGGUGUGACAUAAUAAUUUCCAUGCAUGAAAGUGGUGAACUUAAAGAAGUUUUCAGAGAUCAUGGAGUUGAUAUCGUUGGAAGUGGAGCGGGAACGGUUGGCACCGCAGAACCCACCAGAUUAAGUACAAACCUAAAUUCUCGUCUGCAAAGCUUGAUUAAUUCAAGCCCAGUUGUGCUGUUUAUGAAGGGAAAGCCUGAUGAGCCCAAGUGUGGCUUCAGCCACAAGGUAGUUGAAAUACUUAAACAAGAGAAAGUCGAUUUCAGGAGUUUUGACAUUCUCACAGAUGAUGAAGUUCGUCAAGGGCUGAAAGUUUAUUCAAAUUGGUCAAGUUACCCUCAAUUGUAUAUUAAAGGUGAACUUAUUGGUGGAUCAGACAUUGCGUUAGAGAUGCAGAAAAGUGGUGAGCUUCAAAAGAUCUUAACCGAGAAAGGCAUCACUAGGAAAGAGAUGUUGGAUCUGAGAAGUUUGAUUUCAUCUUCACCAGUGAUGCUCUUCAUGAAGGGUACACCCGAUGCUCCUAGAUGUGGUUUCAGCUCUAAAGUUGUCAACGCCUUAAAGGAGGAAGGUGUGAGUUUCGGCUCAUUUGAUAUUUUAACUAACGACGAAGUGAGGCAGGGAUUGAAAGUCUUCUCGAACUGGCCAACGUUUCCUCAACUUUAUUACAAAGGUGAGCUUAUUGGAGGUUGUGAUAUCAUACUAGAGCUCCGGAACAAUGGUGAGCUGAAAGCGACACUGUCCGAGUAAGGUGCGGUUCAGUUUGUUUAAAAAUAAGACUUUGGGACAAGCCUUUGUUUGAAUUCCAGACUUUUCUGUUAUCCAAGUUGAAUGUGUGCCAAUUUACAGUAAUUGAAAACCUUUUAAUUUGUCGGUUUUAAUUUGCCUUUCAAACCAUCUCUACUGGUGCUUUUGAGUUGGUAGUAGAACUCCUUGUAUCUAUGCACGAUUUGCAUCUUUGAGCAUUGGUAAA